AUGAGUGUCCCAUCGAUUGAAACUGAUAAUAGAUCAUCAAUUAUAAUCGAUGAUAAUAUGAGUGUUAUGGUACAUGAUCUAUCUGAUACAACAGUUACUAGUCAUACAAGUGCUUCAUGGCAUUCAGUUGUAUCUGAUAUACAUAUAAAUAAUAAUCUAUUGAUUCGUUCACAUUCAAUAAAUACUUGGUUAAAGAUUUGUUUAAUUGAACCUGAUAUUCGAUUAACAACCGCUCAAGAAUGGAAAUUACGUACUUGUAUGAGACGUUUACUUUCUAUAUGUAAUCUUCCUCUGAAAAUUUCUUGUAUAAAAAUAAAAGAAUUUAUUAUAAUAUCGAAUGAAAAUGAAUCAAUACCAUUUAUUGAUCAGAAAGAACAAUCAUUGCCAAUGGUUGAUUCUUCAUUGACAACAUUAAUCACUCAUCCAUGUCUACAUCAAGGUCAAACAUUUUCUAAUCAGUUAGAACAAUUAGGUUUAUACUUACGUAUUUUAUCACUUGUGGACGCAAAUAAUGGAUUAUUAGAAGUUAAAUUAUUUGAAUUUUAUUCGAAAAAAUUACAAAAUUCAACAAUUAUUCAUAUUCCACUUAUUAAAUCACCAAAAUUUGUAUUUCAUAUUUCAUUAAAUAUACUUAAAUUAAGUUUAAGAAGUAAGAAUUCAUUACUUGAAUUACAAUUUUCAACAAGAGAAAAUGAAUCAAUCCGAGGAAAUUAUUAUAAAUGGAAUGAAAUAAAUAAUGAACAUAUUAAAUUUAAUAUUAAUGUUGACAUCGAUCAUAGUCUAAUCAAUCAAUUUAGUAUUGUAUAA